AUGACGGACGAUGCCAUCCUUGUAGGUCUUUCCAAAGCCAUUGUCGCGGAUUUCUUCACAGAGAAAGUCAAGUUCGCUCAUUUGAGAAGUCUGAAGGGAAUCGAAAUAUUGGCAAUUUAUUGUUGCACUGUCUUAUUCAAAACCGUGAAGCAUGAGUAUCAUAAUAGAUCGAUGUCGAUGUCUGAAGCGGAAUUUUUCGAAUUGAUUAAUAUGACCUACGGUGAAAAGAGAAUCCUGUUGUACGUAUUUAGACUGGCCGAACUCACACUGGGAACACAUACGACUGUUCUAUUAGAAACACCUGAAGAAUUUUCGCAAGACCACAUUGAUACAGUCAAAUGGAAAAUCGACAAAACAUAUAUUGCUGCGAAUUCGUACAUGCAAGCUAUGAUUGGACGUGCCCUGCAUUCGGACUCUGUCCAGAUGUUUGUAGGGAACUUAGUGCAUGUAUUGCUUUCUCAUUUACUUGAGCGAGGAAGUCUGAUGGAUAUUACCGUUGUUGAAUAUGAUGAACAAAUGUUUUCUAUGGCUAAGAAAUGGUUCGGACUGGAAUUGAGUGAACGUCAUCAGGUGAAAGUAGAUGACGGAAUGAAGUUCGUAGCGAAGGAAGCAGAACGAGGUUCAACUUAUGACAUAAUCUUUCUGGAUGCAUGCAGUGGUGGGAUUCUUUACACGGACACUCUUUGCCCUGUCAGUGGCUUCCUUGAUAAGAGGAUUUUGGAAGAUAUUGCUCGGCUUGUCGGACCUCAUGGGAUACUGAUUAUCAAUGCGUUAUCGAUGAAGCUGCGAGGGGAUGAAUUGGAAAAAUUCUUGAUGUCAAAGUUACUGGAAAUAUUCGAGUUCUGCACUACACAACGCCCGUCAGCAAGUGCGAAUCAGGUGCUCUGUUGGGUAAUUGGAAUGACGGUCGACUGUGGUGGAGUAUUAAAGCGAAUAGGGCCGGAACUAGACAUUAAUCUGAACCACCCUUCAUAUUGGGCUCAGGGUGUCAUUCUAACUGGUUUUCGUUUCAAGCCUCGCGGAAUCCAGCCAGAAACCCUACCGGUCGAACGGUCAUCACAAAUUCGCAACAUGUCCGGUCCACCCGAUAAUUGA